AUGUACAUUACCAACUGGGACGAAUUCCAAAAGGCAGCCGAAGAUUUAUAUAUCGCCUCUCCCGAGCAGACUCGUUAUGUUCAUACCUUUGAUCGUUCUGAUGGCGAUCUCGUCUUGAAAAUCACAGAUGACAGGACCAAUAUCAAAUACAAGACCAACCAAAUGACAGAUUUAAAGAAAUUCAUUAGCUUAAAUAGCGUAUUAAUGUUGAGGAUGAUGAACAAGGAAAAGAGUGAUGAAGACACAGUGAUACCCGAUGCAGCACCAUUAGUGGCAGCAAAGAAUGCCGUGCCCGAAGUCAAGACAGCUUCUCCCAAACAAACACCAAAGGGAAAGAAAAGCGGCAAGAAAAGAAGAUAG